AUGGCCUUGGAGCAUUUCAUUUUGGGGCUUAAACUUGCUUUAAAAACUCGAGAGAGAGAGAGAGAUAAAUGUAUCAAUAGGUGCGUUAUCUUCAAUUCAGCCAACCUCUCCUUCCAAGCUGGAAUGGCAGAGACAGAGUGUAUGUACAGCAUGAAGUUAAAUCCCAGUUACCAACUGUGUCUUAAUCUAGGAUUUCAGCAUGCCAAUACAAGAUUCAUCUGCAGGACAAGAUGUUUGUGGAGCACUGAUCCAGCUAGAAUAAGCUUGAGGUGGGAUGUGAAUAGGGGGCCAGGCAUGGAGAGCAUUGUGGUACAAUCAUUGAAGUUUUGUUGCCUAUGCUUAAGCAAUCACCAUACCAAUACAACUUUUCUGGCUAUAAUGGAACAUAAAGAGGGGGGAGGGAAAUAA